UUGCCAUGACUAGCCUCAGGAAAAGUUGCUCAAUGUUAAUGUUUGACAAGUAGGAAGAAGGGCCUUGGCUGCCAUAUCUCUCACUUAGACAACAAAACCACACUCUUUCAGUUCUCCUUCUACAUAAAAGGCUGUUUGCUGCUCUGUACAGGAGUUAAAUAUUCAAAUCCGAGGGAGAACGAAUGAAAGAUACGAUGGAGGUGCUGGUGCUUAUCGACUUCGAGGGCACCAUGGGUGACGAGAUCACAGUGAAGAUGGGGGAUGUGGUCAAAAAUGUCACCAUGGCCAACGAGGAAGGAUGGCUGGAGGGGGAGCUUAGAGGGAAAAGAGGAAUCUUCCCUGCCAACUUUGUCAAGGAGGUGCCAGUCUACUUGAUGGGGGACAGCAAGAGGGAACCACGCAGCAUCAGAAAAACUAAAAAGAUGAAACAGGCGAGGAUAUGCGAGGUAGCGUUUUCCUACAGUCCCAUGAAUGAAGACGAGCUGGAGCUGGUCGCUGGCGAGACCAUAGAGAUCAUCAGAGAGAUUGAAGAUGGCUGGUGGAUGGGGCUGAAAAAUGGAAAAGUGGGAGCAUUUCCGUCAAACUUUGUCAAUGAAGUUUUUGUCAUUCCUAAAGAUGGGAAGCACAAUGAGGGCAAAACGAGACCCAAACUCACUGAUGCUGUGUUCACUAAGGAGACGUCGCAGAGAGCAAGUGUGAGGAACAAAGCGAAAAACUCUUCAGAGUGUUGCCAAGUCAUGUUUGACUAUAAGGCCAAAGCAGAGGAUGAACUGGAUCUGAAAAAAGGCGAUGUUGUUGUGCUACUGAACAAGGAAACAGAAGAUGAAGGCUGGUGGGAGGGGGAGCUAAACGGGCGUUGCGGCUUCUUUCCUGAUAACUUUGUCAUGGUGAUACCACCAAUGGACAGUCUGCAAUCUGGGAACACAAGCCAACCGCCUGCACGCACCGCCAGCAAGAAACUCCCAGGGAAGACAGAGGAUUCACAAAUGGACAAAGGUGGUCCUGCAAAGAUGAAAGAUGAUAAACCGGAGCCCAAGGACCUGAGAAGCCAUCCUCCAACCAAAGUCAAGCUUCCAUCCAUCAACAAGCCCAGUCCGCCUCCAAUCAAAGACAAGCCCAGCAAGCUUUUACCAAAUAGAACCAAUGGUGAUGCGGUCCCGGUUUUACCAAAAAAGACGGAGGAGAAGGAGGAUGACCAGUUCGAUGGAGUGGAGGUGCAGACUGAAAAGCUGACUCAUCCCACAGUCAACAGAGCCAAACCUCCACAGAGGAGACCACCGUCAGGCCUGGCAGUGCAAAGUGCCACGGAGCAGACGGAACCUGAAGUAUCACCAAAUAAGUUCCAAACAGAGAAACUGUCUGACCUGCAAAAGGGUACAGGUAAUCUCCUGUCAUCCCCUGCAAAGCCUGAGCAUCCGCCCAGGACGCCACCUCCAGUCCGACCAGCACCGCCCAAAGUACUUGUGGACAGCAAAACUGUGACCAUUCAAGAAGAACCAACUGUGAAAAGCCUGCAGGCUGAAAUCAAAGAGCUGAAGAUGGCCUUGGAGCUGUUUCAGACACGACAUGAGCGAGACAUGCAGGAAGUGAAAGAAGAACUGAGGGAAGAAAGAAGCAAACGCCUGGCGCUUCAGGAGGAAGUGCAAAGUUUGAAAAUGAAGCAUUAAUCCCAACACAGGCGCUGAUCGAGCUGCUUGUCUUCUGACACUGCAGGGCCCUUGGACUGCACAUUUUUAACAAGAUCAACAUUUUUCUGAAAUUGUGUGAAACUGAAGAGGGAGAAAGACACUCCCACUGAAGGCACACAAGUGAGGGCUAUUUUCGAAAGUGUAGCGGGAUCAAGCUAAUCCUGCAUCGGACCAGAGAACCUCCAAAAGACUUUAAAAUAACAUGCUGUUAAAUUAUUGUAUAUUUAACUACUGGAAAUCACAAAUACUGGUCCUAAGUGGGUUAUGGUUUGUAGCAAAUAAUGUUUUACACUGUUCUGUUUCAACUGUCACCUUGACUACUUUCACUGUAGAUUUUUUUUUUAUUGCAAAGUUUUAUCAACAGAAUUUGUAAUAUAUGAAGACGUACAUAGGAGGAAAUAUAACUUUUGCAAAGAGAUAGAAAAUUAUUUUACAUCAUCCUAAGGGGUAAUGUUACCUGAAUGUCAAAGAGUGAAAUAUUGCUGUCAGAAACAUGGGCUAAUGCAGGUUAAUUUAUGCACCACACAGUAAUGUUGCAUUAAUCCACUGGAGGGCACUGUAUGCCCGUUCUUCUACCUAAAGAGAAGCGCUGGGUUUCUCAGUGGAUGCUGGAUUGAUGAAAGUGGACUGGCAAAAGUAGUCUUGCUUUGCCUGCAUAUUUAGGAACAGAGGGUAACAAAAUCGAACAUCUUAUUUACAGAAGUAAUUGUGUUUACAUUUUAAGCAAAUUGCUCUUGUUAAUGAAUAGUGCCUUUUUGAGACGAAAACUUGACUACCCCAGGAGUUGUACCAAGUUCGUGCUCAUUAAGCUUCAUGUGUCGCUCAGAGAAAAACUGACUCAGCCUGAAAUCUCAGAAAAUAGUGACUCAUCGGAGUAUAUGUAUAAAAUGUGGGGAGGGAGUUAAUGAGAAAUUCCUUGCACCCAAUGAAGAGGAAAAAACUUUUGUCGUGACUACUAUUUGGACCAUGGCAACAAUGUUUAAAGAUUUGGUUUUGGCUUCAAAUGGUGAUGGUGGUCAAAGUGGUGGUGGCAUGUUCCUGCUACCAGUGUCGCCUAAUGUAGAGCAACAUCUGGAGCACAUCAGGGAUCGGGUGCUUCUGAUAUGUCCAUGGGAACGUACUAUUUUUAAAAGCUAUGUUGAAUAAUGGUCAUUAAGGGCAUGUUCCCACUUGGACGAGGAGUGAAAAAAGGAGGAUAAAGAAACAAAAAAGGGUCAGCUGAUUGUGCAGAAAUGUGAGACUUUUGGGAAGAAAUGAAAAUUAAAGCCCUACAAACACAAA